AUGUCCCGGAGUCAAAGCUGGGUGUGUAGCGGAGGCAAGGGCACUGGCGUGACCUUUCCCACCUCACCCUGCCUCCCUGGAGUGUCCCAUCCGCCUCCAAAGGGCCCAAGUGUGGCGCGCCCACGCUGGGGGUCCCAUCAGGUAUGGAUCCCCCGGGGUGGGCGCGGGCAGGGCGGGCUGGCACUGGCGCUGCAGCUCAGUGACUGCCAGGAAAAGCGAAUGCCAGGGGCCUGCCACAUUCCUGCUGAGACGAUCUGCAGCAAUUAG